AUGCAUACACUGCAAUGGCCAGGUAGAAACAGCGUAGCAAAACAAAAUAUAAUUGGCUGAAAAAGUGACAAAGCAACACCGCAAACACAAAGUGCAAAAGUUUAUAAAUGUCAAAUUCACAAACUACCAGCGCCACAAAAAGGCAGCUGCGUUUUCGCGGUGACGUCAGUGCCAAUGGCAAUCGCAUCGAGGAACUGCAGCAAAACGAUGAUAUACCAAAAGUAUCAAAGGCCAACAACAAACAGCCAACUUUGCAGGAUGACGUUGGCGUUACAACAACAGCAGCUGCAGCAGCGGCAGCCGCAACUGCGGCACGCCUACAAAACGCUGGGUCUGAGACAAAUACUUUUUACGACUUUUUCAAAGUGGAAAUGACACGCGGCUAUAUGCUAGAACAUGACGAGGAACGCUAUUCAGCACGUCGUCAAAAGAUCUACAGUUUUAUGCGCAUACCACGCGAUCUUGAACGCUUCAUGGUCUACGGCAUUAUGCAGUGUGCCGACUCCUUUCUCUACAUUCACACCUUUCUUCCUGUGCGAUUCAUCUUGGCCGUUUGGUCGCUCUUGACGCGAACUGUUGCCCGGAUUUGUCGCCUGCGUGGCAGCGGGCAGCGUUUGCUGUCGCCAGCGGAAAUUUGUGAUCUGCUCAAAGGUGCCAUUUGGAUUAGUGUGACGCUGAUUAUGCUGCUGGUGGACACCAAUCGCGUCUAUCACAUUAUCAAAUCACAAUCCAUUAUUAAGCUAUACAUAUUCUACAAUAUGCUGGAAGUGGGAGAUCGUUUGCUCUCGGCCUUUGGUCAGGACACCAUUGAUGCUUUGUUCUGGACGGCUACAGAACCAAAGAACUCCAAACGUGAGCACUUUGGUGUCUUAACACAUGUUCUGUUUACCCUCAUUUAUGUGUUUCUGCAUAGCGGAUUAAUCAUGUUCCAGGCCACCUGUUUGAACGUUGCUGUAAACUCCAAUAACAAAGGACUGCUCACCAUUAUGAUAUCCAAUAAUUUCGUGGAACUAAAAGGUUCGGUAUUCAAGAAGUUCGACAAAAAUAAUCUAUUCCAACUGACCUGCAGCGAUGUGCGUGAACGCUUCCAUUUGUCUGUGCUGCUGUUCAUUGUGAUGAUACAGACGAUGAAGGAGUUCGACUGGAGCAUCACACAGUUCUGUGUCAUGUUGCCCGAUUGCUUUGCGGUUCUCUUCACUGAGAUACUCAUCGAUUGGGUGAAGCAUGCGUUCAUCACUAGAUUCAACGAGUUACCCGAGAGCAUAUAUCGCGAGUACACCACAAGUUUGGCCUAUGACAUGACGCAGACCCGGCAGAAGCACGCUUUCUCCGACCACUCUGAUCUUGUGGCACGUCGCAUGGGUUUUAUACCAUUUCCAUUGGCUGUGGUGCUCAUCAAGGCAAUCUACACGGCUGUUUCCUUCCACAACUUGGCCGCCUGGCUGCUCUUUUUGUUGGCGUAUCUCUUUGCAUUGGGUUUGCGCAUCUGUUUGACGAUUUGUGCAUUGGGUAAGGCGUGUAAACUGAUGAAGGAACAUCAAACGGAACGCAACAGCUCGACGCCCAGCAGCAUGACCAAUAUGCCAGUGAUUGGAGCCACCGUUGGCUUUGGCUCUUCCAAUGUUCAGGUGCUGAAUAACAAUAACAAUAUCAAUAGCAGCAGCCACAAUGCUCAAUUUAAGCCAACGAAUGUCUCGACGGCUGCCACACCGCUGGAACAAAGCAUCAAUUUCUCACGCAUCUCGUUGACAUCGACGCCCAAGAAGGCGACCAGUGAACUGGAGCUGGAUGUGACCAAUUCAUUGGAGCUGGGUGCCACAGCAUUGUUCUCCAACAGUGAUGUGGAUCUCGAUGAUGUGUGCCUCAACGAGCAGGUGACCAAUUUGAAUUCAAAUCCCGCCAGUCAAGAGGUCUAUCAGGAUGAGGAGUUGGCGCGCAGCGAACCGGAUUUCAUGCAGCUCAGCGAUGCUGGAAGCGGUGUCGGCGGCGGUGGCAGUGGUGAGAACAGUGCCAAGGCGCAGCAAGAGCGUUCCAAGAGGCUAACGAAGCGCACACACAAACGUUCCGAGUCCGAGCCCUUUAUAGGGAUGCCAAGCUUAAGCGAGAAGCCAACUGCGACUGGAGCUUCAGGGAAUCCUACGUAGCGUGGACUCUGCGCAUUUUAGUGAAUUUUAUUUUGCUUAUCGCUAAUGUAAAUCGCUUGCGUCCUUAUUUUUUUGGGGGCUAGAAAAUACUUUGCUGGAGUAUGGUCCUGGAUAAAAAUGUCUUAUGUGUGUUUAGUGAUACGGAUUUAAAUGUAUUGUUUAGCUUAGCAACUCUAUUGAUGAUAAUGUUCCCUGGCUAUUAAAUUGCUUUUAUUAUAACCGAAUGCCUUAUAAAGAAC